AUGCCCCCUCGCCAGUCGAAUAAAUCCAAUUCACAUGCUGGACAACCCAAUCAAGACUUCAAACCUGCAAUUAUGGGUGAAAAAACUCCAGAUCUUGCGAAUUCACGCGCCAAAGAGCCAAAUGAGGACUCAAAACUCGAACUUAUGGAAACUCCAUCGACCGAUCUCUCGAUUUCGCGCGGGCGGAGUGAAUUCUACGCCGACAGCAGCGUCCCGGCCGCCUUUCGCGUGAAGCCCGGGGAUUAUCCGGGGGGGAAAUUCAAUCGGGGGCACCUCGCAGCCGCGCAGCUGCACAAAACUUCGCAGGCGGAAUUAAACGCGACGUUUAAUUUGAACGCGAAUAUCCUCCCGCAAGAUAAAACCCUCAAUGCGGGGGAUUGGCUCCGUCUUGAGAACUUCACUCGGAGGAUUCUCACCGCGAUCGGCGAAACGACGAAAUCGAUCCAAACCAACGGCGAUGCCGCGGGGGAAAUAAAAAAGGGGAGGCUGUUCGUAGUGAGUGGGCCCGCGUUUAUUCCAACGUUGGUGAUCCCUCACACGGGGGAGGAAAAGACAGAAAACGGAAAUAUGGGAUUGAUGCGAACUUUCCAAGGGCGCUCAUCCUCCCCACACAAACAAAUCGUCCAGUAUGAGAUGAUCGGGAGAGGUUCUCAAACGAUCGCGGUGCCCACGCACCUUUUCAAGGUUUUUUUGGCUGAAUUCCCCAAUCCCGAGGACAGUAGGCCGCGUUUUGCGAGCGCGGCGUUUCUUUUACCCAACAAUCCUAUCUCGGAGGAGCGCCCGCUCACGCAUUUUCAGGUCCCAAUGGAAAAACUUGAACACGCGACGGGGCUUUGCUUCUUUCCGAAUUUAAAUCGCUCUCGUGUGGAGGAUUUAUGCUGUUUUCACCGAUGCGAUGAGACAUCGGGACUGUUUUUCCGACGCUACCGUCAAAUUGCCCGGAUCCAAACCGCGGAAACCAUCCCGGAGCUUCGCGCGAUUUACGCCCACAUCGACUCGGAGAGCGCCCGGAAAAGUGAAACGGUGGAUAGGGCGAUCCAGAAGGAAUAUCAACAACGAAUGAAGGAGUUAACUGCUAAUACGGUUUAUCCCAUAGAUAAAUCCAAGUAG